GGGGCGGGCGAGCGUUUUUCUCACGUGACGGAGGCGCGGGUGUGUGGACCAAUGAGGACGCGGGGGCGGGCCCGCCGGGGGCGGCGCGCGGGAAGGGAGCCCCCGCAUCGGCGGCGGGCGGCGGGGGAGACCCGGAGGGGGCCAGCCGCCAGUCUCAGCCCGCUCGCAGGCCAGGCCCGGGCUCGGGCUGGGGCAGCAUGAAGUGUCUGGUCACGGGCGGCAACGUGAAGGUGCUGGGCAAGGCUGUCCACUCCCUGUCCCGCAUCGGGGACGAGCUCUACCUGGAGCCCCUGGAGGACGGGCUCUCCCUCCGGACGGUGAACUCCUCCCGCUCGGGCUAUGCCUGCUUCCUCUUUGCCCCGCUCUUCUUCCAGCAGUACCAGGUGGCCACCUCUGGUCAGGACCCCCUGCGCUGUAAGAUCCUGAUGAAGUCGUUCCUGUCCGUCUUCCGCUCUCUGGCGAUGCUGGAGAAGACUGUGGACAAAUGCUGCAUCUCCCUGAAUGGCCGGAGCAGCCGCCUGGUGGUCCAGCUGCACUGCAAAUACGGGGUGAGGAAAACUCACAACCUGUCCUUCCAGGACUGCGAGUCCCUGCAGGCUGUCUUCGACCCGGCCUUGUGCCCCCACGUGCUCCGUGCCCCAGCAAGGGUCCUAGGGGAGGCUGUUCUGCCCUUCCCCCCUGCCCUGGCGGAAGUGACGCUGGGCAUUGGCCAUGGCCGCAGGGUCAUCCUGCGUAGCUACCAGGAGGAGGAGGCAGACAGCACCGUCAAAGCCAUGGUGACUGAGAUGAGCAUCGGGGAGGAGGAUUUCCAGCAGCUGCAGGCCCAAGAAGGAGUGGCCAUCACUUUCUGCCUCAAGGAACUCCGGGUGAGGCUCCCCGCACACACUCACCACCCUGUCCUCCCGGCCUGCCCAGGGCCUGGCCUCACCGCUCUGCCUCUCCCGUCCCAGGGGCUCCUGAGCUUCGCGGAGUCAGCAAACUUGUCUCUCAGCAUUCACUUCGAUGCUCCGGGCAGGCCAGCCAUCUUUGCCAUUGAGGACUCUCUGCUGAACGGCCACUUUGUCCUGGCCACGCUCUCGGAGCCGUACCCGCACUCCCAGGACCUGCGCUCCCCGGAGCUCUGCCGGCCAGCGCCGCAGCUCCAGGCGCACAGCACACCCCUCCUGGAUGACUUUGCCAAUGACGACAUUGACUCUUAUAUGAUUGCCAUGGAAACCACCGUGGGCUGUGAGGGCUCCCGGGCACUGCCCUCCCUCUCCCUUCCACCUGGCCUCCACCCCCCCUGUAGCCCUGGCCCCCACUCAGAGGAGGAGGAAGACGAAGACGAGCCCAGUACAGUGCCUGGGACUCCCCCACCCAAGAAGUUCCGUUCCCUGUUCUUUGGCUCCAUCUUGGCCCCUGCACACUCUCCCCAGGGCCCCAGACCUGUGCUUGCUGAAGACAGCGAGGGUGAAGGCUGAACUGACAUCCUCAAGUCUGUGUCAAGAGGCCCUGGGCGAGAUGCAGCCACAGCCUCCCCUUGCCCCGGCACUGGCCAGGGGCAGGGCUGGGUCUCCGCCCUGGUGGGUGGUAAAGCUCAGCUGGCUGGUCCUGCUGCCUCCUCAGGCCCCGCCCGGCUAUUGGUGACUGGCCCUCCAACCCCCAACCAAUCAUGUCUGUUCCCAGGCUUGGCACUGAGCUGCCACCUGACAGGAGGUCCUUCACUUCUUAUUCCAACCAUGUGGCCAGGGCUAGACCCCUGCCUUCUUAAGCCCACCUCCCUAAGAAAAAAAUCACAAUGGGGCUGCUGGCCCCUGCUGAUCCACCUUCCCUGCCAAUCAUGAUCUCUCUUCCUUAAAUUCUGGGCACACCUCUGGGAUCCGCUGUGGCUGGCACAGACUAUUUUUCUUGCUUUCUCGAUACACUUGGCCCUGGCUUGGAAU